CAAAAACGUCACAAUCACAAGCAAUUUUCAUUUUCCCGCGGCAUGAAAACUUUGCGAGAGAAAAACAAAUAGAGCUUUUCCUUUAAAAAUGAAUACUGCUAACUUAAACAAGUUUCUGAAGGCAUUAGAUGCUGUAAACAGUGAUUACGUGUGCGGUGUGUGUAACGAGUUGUGUAAAGAACCAGUUGUAUUGAAGAAAUGUUUCCAUCUUAUAUGCGCUGUUCAUACCGACUUAAAACACUGUCCAACUUGCAAAAUACCUCUUGAUAACUGCGAAACGUUCGUAGAUGAUCGUAUCCAGGGAUGCAUUGACUCCACUAUCGAAUUGAAUAAGAUGUUCGAGACUUUUCGACCGAAAGAAGUAAGUGUGACUUCAAGUAAGAAAACUAAGAAAAAUGACGUUGUUACUGCACCAACUAAAGUAGUAAGCACUGUAUCUAGCUCUAAGAAGCCUUUAUCUGACAAGACGAACUCCCGUCAAGACUUAAGUGAGACUUUGAACUCCAAUGUGAGUUCAAAAUACAAUAAAAACAAUGAAAAACGCAACAAUAAAGGUGAGACCGCCCUCCAUAUUUGUUGCCGACUCGGUAAAAUUGACAGGAUCAAGGAAUUAUUGACAUUAGGCGCUAAUACUAACACAAAGGAUAAUGCAGGCUGGACUCCUUUGCAUGAAGUAGUGCAAAACGGACGACUGGACCUUGUGCUGCUACUUUUACAGUAUAAUACUUUAAUUGAUGUGCCUGGACAAGGCAAUGAGACUCCUCUACAUGAAGCCGUGCGAUACAACCAUGUUGAAAUUGCAGAGGAAUUGGUAAAACAUGGUGCGGACAUGCACGCUAAAAACUGUAAGGGAGAAACUCCAUAUCAACUUGCUUCCAUGGAUCUGAAGAAUAGACUGCGGGCUGCAGGAGAACAUAUACUACAAACACAGAGUAUUAACAUUUCUCAUAUAGCUGCGUUGUAUUCGGAGAUAGAAUCUGAUGAUAUCCGUAUUUACUGCGUCUCUCAGUAUCGCACAGUUCAUAAUAAACUGAAGCUCUUAGCAAAACAUCACAGUAAUCUCAACAUUGAAGCGAAGAUCACUAAAAAAGUAACUCAUAUCAUAGUUGAUGCUGAAGACGGAAUAUGCUCCUCCAGCUUGGACGUUCUUCAAGCUAUAGUCAAUCACAUCUGGGUUAUUUCGUCUGAAUGGACAACAAAAUCUACCGAGGAUAACUUGGAACCCUUAGAGAACUACGAAGUGAAAGGGGUAGGAACUACAACUUACAACGGACCACGAAACUCACGGUACAUAAAAUACAAGCAACUACCAGGCAUCUUUAACGGCUGCCAUUUUUAUUUACAUAAUUUUAAUACGAAGUAUGAGAUAUCCAAGACCGUAGUACUGACUAAGGCAAUUUUGACAAAGUUGAUUACGGAUGCUGGUGGUAUAGUACUAAGGAGGGUUCCAAACCCAGAAUUGAUACCAGAGAAUGAGAAAUUGGUGCCAUACCAUGCGAAGAAGGAUGGAAAAUUAGUAUACUGUUCCCAUUAUAUUAUUUUUAAAGACAUGUAUGAACCGAUGUACAACAUGCAACAUUUGAAAGCUUUGCCUGUUGGCUGGCUUAUAGAAUGCCUUGAAAAGUAUGAAUUAUGUGAGCCAUGGUAA